UACUUUAUCUCCAAAAACCUAAAAUUGUUGCAUUUUAACACAAACCCAAAUCAAAGAAAUUGCUGCCCUCCCUCCCGCCAUUACCGUCGGAAUAGCCCCCCUGUUGCUGUUUGUUCUUAGCAAAAUCGAAGCCCCUCCUCUACAUCUUCUUCUUCCUUCGCCAUUAACAUCUUCCUGUCAAAGAUCCGCCUCAUCUUCCUCCUAACAUUUCGUCCAAGUAUGUUGGCAAGCCUAUCAUGCCUGAAAACUGAGGUGGAGCAGUUGCAUAAAAAUUUUAGGCUUUGUGGUUCACCUUCAGAGAAUUAUUGGAGAAAAUCAAAGUUGCCGCAUGCUACAAUCUUUAAGCCUCAACAUCCGUAUAAACGUUGUGUGGCUGAAACAUUUAAGGAUUUCCCUACAACAGAUUUAGGGCUUAUGGAGACCCUUCUUUUAAUUGAUCCAGCUGAUAGAGGAUCUGUAGCUUCUGCUCUGAAGAGUGAAAUAUGAUAUAGAAUCUUUUAAAUGAUGGCCACAGUUCUUCAAUUGAGCAAACAUGUUUAAUAACCAAAUAUUUUUGUCGGAGGAUGUUUUUGGAUGGGCUUAUUGGUUCUCAAGUUUUUUGGAUAAUGGAGUUUGCAUCACUUGGGAACAAGCAAUACCUUGUCUUUUAUUCCUGUGCAGUUUUUGUUUCUCCUCUCUCCUUAAGUUCAUAAAUGUACUUGGAAACUGCUAUAACUGCUAGAACUAUCAU